GGAAAUAUUUUAAGGCUCACCAUUUCACUUGCAAACUUCACAUUCUCAUUGUGAAACAAGUCAGCUGGAGAGCACAGACAUCAGACAGAUUUACUGGGAGAUGAAGAAAGAUUUUCUGAACUUAAAAAAACAAACCAAAAAAAAAACAAACAAAAAAAAACCUGAGGGGCGUAUCAAAACAGUUAACUUACAGAGUGAGGAAAUUAACCGUUGCAGAAAUAUAUGGUCAUUUCCUGAGCCUGAUGAUCUGAGGAGUAACCAGCAUAAGACGUUUUCUAACAGCCAAUCUGUCAUUUAUGGGCUUUUCAUGCUACACCGUACGCACUGGAGCAGGAGGCUCACUUCCAGCUGCAGUGUCAACAUACCGAGAGAGGGAGAGUGACUUAAGAAGUUGGUGGGGAGCCUGGAACUGAAUCAACGUCUCCAGCUAGCACCCUGCACCUUUCUGCAGCCUUUUUCAGGAUACUUCCAGCUCAGACGUGUACAGAAAAUAAAAUCUGUUACAGUGUGGAAGCACCAGCACCGAUCAGAUGAAAAUCCCCUAGGGAACUGCCUUGGAACAGUCUCCCACAGCCCAUGCACCACCUUCUGCUGCUAUCAGAUUUUGCAUGGGACCCAAUCCAGUAGGUAGCCUUUGGGCACAACUACCGGAUCAGGCCCUGUCUGCAAGUUAGAUUUUAACUGAACUCUCAUGAUAUGAUCCAGAAGGCUUUUAAGAAUCAACAAUUUCCUUUUCCAUAAUGCAUACAAAUAAAUCCCAACUGGAUGAUGAAACAUUGGCCAUGCUUCAGAACAGAGCUAUUGCAAUCACCCUCCCAGCUGUGUACUCCUUGGUGGCCCUCAUCAGCAUCCCUGGGAACAUGUUUUCCCUUUGGGUGCUCUGCUGCCACAUCAAACCCAAGACACCUUCAGUUAUCUUCAUGAUUAACCUUAGCAUCACAGACCUCAUGCUGGCUUGCUGCUUUCCCUUCCAGAUUAUCUAUCACAUCAAGAACAACAACUGGAUCUUUGGUAAGAGUCUUUGCAGCUUAGUCACAGUGAUGUUCUACUCAAACAUGUAUUCUUCUAUACUCACCAUGACCUGCAUCAGCAUAGAGCGGUUCUUGGGAGUGGUGUAUCCCAUGAAGUUAGUCAAGUGGAGAAGAAAGAGAUAUGCACUUGCUACCUGCCUGGGCACGUGGGCUGUUUUGCUAUUGGCCCUAUACCCACUGGCAAGCACAGAUCUGACCUAUGAAGUAAAAGCACUAGGGAUUAUAACUUGUUUCGAUGUGCUUAAAUGGGACAUGUUGCCCAAUGUUAUGGCAUGGGCAACCUUUCUUCUGACGCUGUUUGUUCUUCUCUUCCUGAUCCCAUUCAUAGUGACGGUAGCUUGCUACAUUGGCAUUAUUCGGAAGCUCAUUCAGACCUCUAGCAGAUACGGUAGCAGGCAGAAGACUAGGUCUAUUUACCUUGCUGGAAUUGUCCUCUUGGUAUUUGUCACUUGCUUCGCCCCUAAUAACUUUAUUCUACUUGUGCACAUGAUUAGCCGUCUCUUUUUGAGCAAGAGUUUCUACCCUGCUUACAAGCUCACCCUAUGCCUCAGUUGCCUGAACAUCUGUAUAGAUCCAUUCAUUUACUAUUUUGCAUCCAAAGAAUUUUAUCAGAAAUUUAUGCAGGUAAUAGGUCAUAAGGUACUGCUCACUGACAGUCUGGAGACCAGAAGGGAAAGCUUAUUUUCUGGCAGGACAAUGUCAGCCAGGUCAAUGUCAAGUGGGCCUAUGGAAGGGUUAGAUGGAGUUAAGGUAUGUUUGCAAAGGCAAGAAAGUGUUUUUUAACUACAGACUUCAAAUCAGAUGUGGGAAGGUAGUAGUAAGUUCUCAGUGGAGAAAGAAAGGGAUUUUUCGUAAAUGAUAUUCUGAUAAACAUCAAUGCCCAUAGCAAUAAUAGUCCAACCACAGUGAACAGCAAGUAUCUCACACAUGUCAAAAAUCAGUAACUACUUGCUGGGAAGGAAUAGAGAAGGAGUAAGAUGAACCAAAAUUAUCAAAGGAAGAAAGUGAUCCAGUCCAAGUCCAGUGAUCCAAGACAAAACUGACAAACAAGGAUGCAGAUAGAAUUAAUUCUACUGAACACUUCUGAAUAUGAUCAGAAAGCAAGGACAAACCAAAAGUACUUUCAGAAUCUGAGAUCUCAGUGCUUAACCAAAUACUUAUGGAUCUCACUUAUCAUACUAAAGGAAAAUAAUGUUAAAGUGGGUUUGGGGGCAGGGAGUUGCCUUUGUAAAUAAUAUGUUAAUUGCUUAUAGAAGUAUGAUUUUCUCUUUUGUGUUGCAGAAAAAGAAUGAAUAUAUCUUGCCAUUUUAUCAUGAAUAUAUUAUGUGUAGCCACUAUGAACUCAUCACAACACUUACGUAUCACUCGCUUGAUUUAUACACAGCCUAACCUAACCACAUUAACCUUCAAAGAGGUUAGCUUGGUUAAUAGUUAUUUAUUUCAAUUUUGUCUAUAGAAAUAUCUCGUAAAAUGAAGUAAAAAAGAAAGACCAACGUCAGUACCCUAAACCACAUCAACGCCCCAGCUGCUGAGUGGGUUACAUCACUGUUAGAACUAGACACUUCUAAGGAGGGAGGUGAAGUGCAGAUGGCUUACAUGGCAAUUUUCUCACAAAGACCCACUACACUAAGAUUGCAGAGCUGGCAUUCACUUAACAUACUUUAGUUGUUUGUUUUACAAUGGGCCAAACUCUAUGGUCCUGUACUGAAAACAGUUCCCACUGCAGUCAGUUCGAGUAUUGCUUUAUGUAGUUUAUUUUGCUUUCCUCUAGGAGCUAGUUCAGAUAAUGGUCCAGAUUCUCAUCUAGUGUAAAGGGGAGUAAUCUCAUUUAUCUCAAUUGCAUUACGCCAAUAUAAACAAGCUGAAGAUUUGUCUCCCGAAUCUUGGCAUUACCUCAUCUGCUUUUGAUACUUUACAUGUUUGGACUACAGGUAUUACAGACAGAAAGAAAGGCACUGGGCAGUUGAAAUUUACCAACCUUCCUGCAGCUAGCUCAUGUAUUAUUAGUGCAGUGGUAUGUUCAGACCCUCAGUAACCUGUCCCAAAAUAUUGCAUCAUACCAUGCUACUCCUCAUAUCUCAGAAAUUGAAUGGUUGUUUAGAAAUACAAUAAAACAGCAUCUAUGUUUUUCUUUUUAAUCUCAAAUGACUUUUUUCCUAUUUUUUAAUUUGAAAUUGUGCAUAAUUUCAACACUCAUUAAAAUGAGGAGCAAAUGACACUUGUUAGAGCCAAGCAAGCUCCCCCUCACCACUGGGCCAAAACAACUCAACAGUACUUCUAAUAUCCUAGUGCUUGAUCUAACUCUCAGUGAGCUCAGCAGGAAACUUUCCAUUGACACUGAUAUAAGCGUUGGAUCAGGCCUCAAGUAAUUGGCCAGCCUGGAGCAGCGACCGCCAGCUAUGUGAACUGUGUGGUAGUUCCGUAACGUGGACAAAAACAUUUAAAAGGUGCCAGACCACUAAAAAUUUAUCUGCCUUUUCAUCUAAAGUAUGAUUCAAACUCAGCAAUACAAAUGUUAUUAGUUCCAAACAUUAGUCUUGUGCACCAUCUACUUUCUAACCCAUGCUUUGUUAUAGUCACUGGAUAACCAAAAAACUUGUUUUAGAAUUUAUAAGGAUUUUUCCUACCUAUUAUCCUCCCUGUCAAAGAGUCAAGUACUGAUGGAGAUUACAACCAAGAUGAAAAGCAACACAUAUUAGUGCUUUACAGUAUAACCUCAGAGUUAGGAAAACCUCGGGGAAUUGAAGUUGUUUGUAACUCUGAAAUGUUUGUAACUGCAAACAAAACAUUAUGGUGGUUCUUUCAAAAGUUUACAACUGAACAUUGGCUUAAUACAGCCUUGAAAAUUUACUAUGCAGAAGAAAUAUGCUGCUUUUAACCAUCUUAAUUUAAAUGAAAUAAGCACAGAAACAGUUUCCUUACCUUGUCAAAUCUUUUUUUUUUUAAACUUUCCCUUUAUUUUUUAGUAGUUUAUGUUUAACACAGCACUGUACUCUGUUUGGUUUUUUGUUUUUGUUUUUUGUUUGUUUGUUUGUUUGUUAUUGGUUUUUUGUGUCUUUGCUGGUGCCUGAUUGCAUACUUCUGGUUCCAAAGAAGGUGUGUGGUUGACUGAUCAGUUCGUAACUCUGGUGUUCGUAACUCUGAGAUUCUACUAUCGUUCUAAAGUUACCUGAAGUGUUUUAUGUCACUUCUCAGUAAUAUUUUUAAGCACUCCAUGAAAAUUCUGCUUAUCUUUAAAAAAAUACACUCCACAUUAACUUUCUUUAAGCAGAUGGGAAGUUAUCUGGUAUGGCACAGAAAGAAAGAAAGAAAGAAAGAAGCAGAUAAAGUACUAAUUUAUAAUAAUAAGUACACAAUGAAAGCAUAAUAUUUUUAAAAAUUAAUACUCAAAAGAGGGAGGAUGCACAUUAUGUGAAUUUGAGGCAUUUGGAUAUGUAUUCUAUUUAUUUACUGUGUCUGAGAAGAUUCUGAGAACAGAUUCUCUUUAAGCUAUCCCACAUUCAUCAUCUAGAAAUUCAGUGAGUUUAUUUAUGUCUUGCAAAUGUGCUUAUAGGUUUAGUAGCACAUGGUUUCACUUUGCUAUUUGAGCUAUUCAGCCAUCAGCUUUCAAGAAUUCCAGCAUUCUUGCUAUCAAAUCGGUAUUCUACACUUAUGAUGGCAGCAGUUUUGCUCUGGAUUACAUACUUAAAUAUCCAGGGGGGUUUAAAUUCAAUUAUUGUCCAAUUAAAAUUUGCUAAUUUCCCCUAGCUCUAGAGCAGAUUUUUUUAUGUGCUUUAGUUAGGGCCCAAUCCUGUCAGGGACUGAAUGCUCUGAACUGUCACUCUCUUCAAAAGGAGUUUGACAGUGCAGAAACUUUGCAGGAUCAGACCCUCACAGAUUUAUGGUUUCAGAAAUGCUGAAAUGGUCUUUCUGCAAUAAAAAAGGUCAGCCACAAGUGACUGAAAAUGCGCUGUCCCUCAUCCCCAUACAGCCCUUCAGACCACUGCAUCUUUCUUCUGGUGCACUAAUGUCUCAGUCAGGGGCCAGGACUGUUGAUUGUUCACCACAAUAUCUGUUAAAUUACCACUAUGGGCUAGAUCUCAGAGUGCCUACUCCAGGGCUGCCCGGGGGGGAGGGCAAUUUGCCCCAGAACCCUGGGCCCUGCAGGGCCCCCCAUGAGAAUAUAGUAUUCUAUAGCAUUGCAAAUUUUUUUUUAUGGAAGGGGCCCCCGAAAUUGCUUUGCCCAGGCCCCCUGAAUCCUCUGGGUGGCCCUGACCUACUCAGGCAAAACUCCUAUCAAAGUCAGUAGGACUGUUGCCUGACUGAAGAACAUAGCAUCUGGCUCUAUGUACAUAGUCUUUAGGACUCGGUAGUGCAUGUUGUGAAGGUAAUUUGCUAUAAAAUGUAUUUCUGUUUUCGUGAGGAGCAGUCUGGGGAGAUGUUCUUUGAACCACUGAAAAUAUUCUCUUGCCACCUUGUUACCCUCAUAUUCAACAUGCAUACAGGGCCAUUUAGAAGGUUUGUGAGGAGCCAUGGGAUACAUUUACGUUUUGAGCUAGAGGUGUAACUUCCAGCUCAGGUAAACAUACAUAUGCUAGCUACCAUAUCACCUGAGACCCUCGGUAUGUGCUUGGGGUGACUAGCCCCUCCCACCUUAGCUACACGGAUAUUUUCAGCUUGCUAGCUCCAUCACAGCUAGUGUGCAUACAUCCACAUAAGCUCAACAUGACACCCAUAGCUUGAAGUAUGGAUACAGUGCUUUCACUCUGGGGAAAAGUAGACUGCUAAGGAAGUUGGACCUUUUGUUUAUUAAUUGUUUGGAUAGUUGAUUACAUUUUGGGAUGAUUGUAUAGGCUUCUGAUUUUUUUAUAUUUGCUGUAUGAUAUUGCUGUGAAAAUGCCUACUGUAGUUAAUAAAAUAAAUAUAAAGGCCCAUUUUAA